GCGGCCGUGGGGCUGGGGACGCACCGUGGGCUCCGCGCAAAGCCCCCGCGCCAGGGCUGCAAACCAGCUCCAGCCCCAAAGCUCUGUGCAGCUGCAGGGCUGGGCCUUGCGGGGGGGAACCAGGGCGCAGAUGGGACAAAUAAAGAGCUUUUUGUGGGUGCAGACGUGCUGCGGGGCGGGCGGCCAAGGGGGUGGCUGCAGCCCCAGCCCCCUCGGCUGCAGCUUGCCCCCAUCAGCACGGACAUCACCGGGCACAACCCGCGCUCCCCUGGUGACCCCUCAAGGCUUUGCAGCACGAAAUCAGCAGCCGAUGUUGCUCGGGGCAGAGAGGGAGGAGGGCAAGGAGACGUCCCCAAAGUGCCCCCGCCGGCGCCGGUGCCACCCGCAGCCCCACGCCGCCUUUCCGUGACGUCGGCCCCUCCUCGCCCCGCGGUGCAGCUCCUUCGCUCGCCGCUUCCUGCCCCCGGCGGCGGCGCAACCACGGGCGAGGCGGCAGCAUUGCCCCACCGCCAGCGCCCCUGGCCCCACACGGACCCCGGUUCCUGCCCCGGGCUUCGGGGUCCCGGCCGGCGGAGGGACAUUGGCCCCAUGGAUGACGACCGCCCCCUCUUCAGCACCUUCAGACCUGAGGACAACGCAGCCAGCACCCAGCCGGGGCACGGCGCGACCCCGCUGCAGCCCCCGAGAGCGGAGCAGCCCCCGGAGCAACGAGAUGCUCAGGGCAGGGCGCCGCCGGGGUGGCCCCCGCCCGGGGGGGGCGCGCAGCCGGAGCUGGUGGCCCUGUGGGCGCGCACCAGGCUGUGGUUCGAGCAGACGCAGGCCAGGAGGCUGGGGGCCGAGGGCGAGCUCCCAGCCUGGUUCCACGGCUUCAUCAGCCGCAGGGAGACGGAGCAGCUGCUGCAGGACCGGCCGCCGGGCUGCUUCUUGGUGCGCUUCAGCGAGAGCACCGUGGGCUUCGUCCUGUCCUACAGGGGCAGGGAGCGCUGCCGGCACUUCGUGCUGGACCAGCUGCCCGACGGGCGCUACGUGAUCCUGGGCGAGCGCAGCGCCCACGCCGAGCUGGCCGCGCUGCUGCGGCACUACGCCGCCGCGCCCGUCGCGCCCUACCACGAGUUCCUGACGGUGCCGUGCCCACGGGACAAGCCCCACAGGGGGGUGCAGCCCCCCGGCAGCAGCUCCCCAUUGCCAGCGACCCCGCCGGCGUACAGCACCGUGGCCAAGCGGCCGCCGGGAGCCGGGCAGGCGGCGGGGGACGGCACCGAGGGAGGCUCCGGGGAGGCUCCCGGCACCCCCCCGCCGCUCCCGGCCAAGGUGGGCUCCUCGUCAGCCCCCCAGGGGCCACGCAGCCGGGCCAGGAGCGGAGGAGCAGCCCCCGAGGGUCCCUACGCGCAGGUGCAGCGCGAAGCCGUCCCCGCCGAGCCGCCCGAGGCCAAGUACCAGCAGCUCGUGCGCUUCCACACCUACGCGGAGCCCCGCGAGUGCGCGGAGCCGGAGGAGCCCAUCCCCUUCUACGCCAUGGGCCGGGGCUGCGGCCCCGCUCCCGAGGAGAACGUCUACUCCGAGGUGGCGCUGGCCCAGCGGGAGCUGCCCCCCCUGCUCCCCAGGGGGGCGCGGGGCCCCAUCUCCACGCUGCCCCCCAAGGCGCAGGCGCCCACCGAGCCCGCGCGCCGCCGGCUCUUCCGCAGCUUCUCCAGCCAAGCUUCCAGGAGGAGGCAGCCCCCCGCGGCUCCCACCGUGGGCGGUGGGCAGAGAGGAGCCCCCAGCCCACCCCUGGAGGCCCCAAGGAACCCCUCGCUGGAGUUUGAUGACCCCGUUUACGGCCAGAGGAAGAGCAGUGCCACGAGAACUGCAGCCCCCGCGGGGCAGGAGGGGCAGGAGAACAUUUACGAGCAGCUUUCCGGAGAGCGGCCCUGAGGCGCGCAGGUGGGUCCACGGGAAGACCCGGCCGCCUGCCCGCGCCACGUCCACCUCCUCUGCACAGCUGCGAGCCCCUUUUUGUGGGGCAGAGCCCCACGGAAGGAGCAGCCCCGCUGCAGAAACCGGCACCUCGGCAGCCCCGGACCCACGGGCAGCACCCGACAGCUCCGCGCCGGGAUUCGUGCGCCCUUCCCCACGGGGCAUCCUGCUUGCCUGAGCCCUGCGAGACUGCUAGGAGGGGACAGGAAGAACGCGUUUAAUUCAUCUUCGCAGAAGGAGAUGGCUAUGAAUAGAAGCGGGGCGGAGGAAGAGGCUGUUAUAGUCAAAACAGACUGGUUCCAGCAGGGCUGGUGCCUCCGGAUCCUGACGUUGAGCUGGCCACGAGCCGGAGCGGUGCCACGAGCCCAGAACUGCCCGCAGGUGCCUCCAAGCUCGGCCACAAAAGCCACGAAAAGCCACGAAACCCGGGGCCGCCCCACGGUGCUGCCCGCGCCCCCUGAGCCCCGACCUCCUCGCCCCGGCCGCAGUGCCACCGGCUGAGCGCGGCUCCGGCGGGGUCCUGGUGCGGGCAGCCUGGCCAGAAGGGAGCCAAAGACCCGAGCUCGGACGUGUUGGAGCUUCAAAGCAGGGAGGGGAAGGGAGGCCGGGGGUUACCGCUUGGAAAAUCGCUGCUGGUUUUUCCCGCGAGCCUUUCUUCGGUGCCUCUUAACCCGCCGAAAGCGGAGCAAAACUCAAGCUGCCAUCGCCCUCCGCGUAGCUUCACUCUAGUGUUAAAAAUGAGCAAUUACACGGCGAAACGGGAAAAACGCGAGCCUCUGGAAGCUGCCCUCGUCCCCCGGGUCAUUGCAGAAGCCAGGCUGGGUGAAGAGACGCUGGCAGCACAGCCCCAGCCCCGGGACAGAGCCUCUCGCCCCACACCUGGGGGCAAAGCCCCAGCAGGCAAAAGCCCCCCCGGUGCUGCUGCCCCGGCUUCGGGGACUGCUCCGUACCCAGAGGAGGAAAAACCCAACACCGGGGAACAGCCCCCGGUGCAGCAGGGCUGGGUUUUGUGUCCAGCAUCAGGGCAACGUGGGCAAGACCUGGCUUUUUUUAACAACGACGACAAAAAAAAAAAAAAAAAAACCACAGCAGAGAGCACGAGCCGCGGAGCUGCUGCUUGGCAUCGCUGCGUUUGGCAACGGCCCCGGGCCGAGCGUUUUGGCACCAGCUCUGCCCAAAAGCAGCCGGGGAAGGCAGGAUGCUGCGAAGGUGCUUCAGCGAGGAGAGCCCGGGAGAAGGGACAGCACCGCCUCGAGCAAGGAGUCGAGCACCUCGCGCUGGAAACAGGUGUGGUUUGGUUCAUUUAAAAGUUUAUUCCUUUAUCAAAUCUCUUUCCAGAGGAUUUCACUGUACAUAUAAGAUAUGAAUAAAUUACUCAACAGUAACUUUAUUCUGGUCAUUCAGAUACUCCAAACGGGCUCUGCAAAGUACUAAAACAUCCAGGGAGCUAAACUAGAAAUCGGGUUAUCUUCAAAUAGUCUAAGAAAAGAACUCAUUCAUCAGGGUUUGGUUUCGUUUGCUUGUUUUUAACAGGUAACACGGGAGAAAAAAACAACCUCCUGGAGUUCUUCUAAAUGGAAUAACAAACAUUAGCCGUUCUAGCUGCAGUUACAACAAAUAUAACCCUUAGUGUCGGGAAUGUAAGUUAAAUAACCAGACCAGCUCUCUGUUCCCUCCGGCAUCGCACGCUCUGGUGAACAACGAACCAAGAGAGGCCACAGAGAUUUGGCUACAGCUGCACGGGUCUGGCCAGCAAGGUUGCACAGGAUUUGCAGUCAUCCCACCUAGCCCUGAUACCUUAAAUAAAAGAUUUCAUUUUAAAAAGUUACGGCUGGACACGGUCUCCUCUUCCCAGCCAGCGGGGUCAGGUUAACAUUUAAUCAGAUACGACGCCUUUAGAGGAAAGGGAAUUGAUACAAACGAGCUAAAGAGCUGGAGGAAAAAAAAAAAAAGUACAGUAGGCAGCUUUCGUCUGUGCCUGCUCGCAGGAAAUGCUGCUUCACUCACUGAGCUCCCUGCCAGCUGCGCCGCGAGACGCUGGGAACACUCGGUUCAACAAGCGUGGAGACCAGAUUGUUACAGCACUGGAGGCCUUGGGUCAGGGGGAGGAGGAAAAAGGGG